AUGCUCUCCAAGGACAUCUUCAGACCCACCAAGUUUGGCGGCAAGUACACCGUCACCCUGAUCCCUGGUGAUGGUAUUGGUGCCGAAGUCUCCGAGUCCGUCAAGCAGAUCUUCAAGGCCGACAACGUCCCCGUCGAGUGGGAGCAGGUCGAUGUCACCGGUAUCGAGACUGGUGACAAGCACUCCGAGGAGCUGUUCAGAGAGUCGAUCGCUUCCCUCAAGCGCAACAAGCUCGGUCUCAAGGGUAUCCUCCACACCCCCGUCGAGCGCUCCGGCCACCAGUCUUUCAACGUCGCCCUUCGUCAGGAGCUCGACAUCUACGCCUCUAUCGUCCUGAUCAAGAACAUCCCCGGCUACGAGACCCGCCACAAGAACGUCGACUUCUGCAUCAUCCGUGAGAACACCGAGGGAGAGUACUCUGGUCUCGAGCACCAGUCCGUCGAUGGCGUUGUUGAGUCGCUCAAGAUCAUCACCCGCGCAAAGUCGGAGCGCAUCGCCAAGUUCGCCUUUGCUUUCGCUCUCGCCAACAACCGCAAGAAGGUCACUUGCAUCCACAAGGCCAACAUCAUGAAGCUGGCCGACGGUCUGUUCCGCAACACCAUCAAGAAGGUCGGUGAGGAGUACCCCACCAUCGAGACCAACGACAUGAUUGUCGACAACGCCUCGAUGCAGUGUGUCUCCAGACCUCAACAGUUCGACGUCAUGGUCAUGCCCAACUUGUACGGUGGUAUUCUCUCCAACAUUGGUGCUGGUCUCGUUGGUGGUCCCGGUAUCGUUCCCGGAUGCAACAUGGGUCGUGAUGUCGCCGUCUUCGAGCCCGGCUGCAGACACGUUGGUCUCGACAUCAAGGGCAAGGACCAGGCCAACCCCACUGCUCUCAUCCUUUCCGGAAGCAUGCUUCUGAGACACAUUGGUCUUGACGACCACGCCAACAGAAUCUCCAAGGCCGUUUACGAUGUCAUCGCUGAGGGANCCCGCACCCGUGACAUGGGCGGUAACUCGACCACCCAGGAGUUCACAAGAGCCAUCCUUGGCGCCAUGGAGAAGCAGUAA